CCCCAAACAACAACAACAACAACAAUAAAACCCCCAAACCCCAUCAAACCUCCCCUUCCCUCUCCACGCCGCGUUUUGUUUUAUUUUAUUCUCCCGCCUCCCCAUCCCGCACAUGGCACCUCCCGCCGCGCCUCCGCGCCCCGCGCAGCCCCGCGAUGCCGCGGCCCCCGCCGCCUCCUCUUCCUCCUCCUCCUCCUCCUCCUCCCGCUCCUGCGGCCCCCGCGGCCGCCCCGCGCCCCCUCCGCCGGCCCUUGCCUGCCGCUCGCAGCCUCCCGGGAUGCGGGUCCGUAAAACCCGCGCACGGCCCCGCUCCUGCCGCCGCCGCCCCGCUCGCUGCCGGCGCGGGGAGGAGGAGGAGGAGGAAGAGGAGGAGGAAGAGGAAGGGGGGGAUGCGCGUGUGCGCGGGGGAGCGGCGGGAGCGCGCGUGUGCGCGGGCAUUGCGCGGGAACCGCGCGGGGGGGGCGGGGGCGUGUGCGCGCUCGCCCCUCGCUGCUGGGGGAGCCGGAGGGGCUGGGUCGGGAGGAGGAGGAGGAGGAGGGGGAAGGGGAAGAGGAGGAGGAGGAGGGGGAGUCGGUGUGUGGUGCACGCCGCGCUCCCAGCACAAAAGCCCAGCGAAAGAAACUCUUGGAAAGCUGGGAGCGAACGGUGGGGCCGGGCAGGAGCAGGUCGAACCGUCCGGGUCUGUUCGUCUCCACUGGAUAAAUUUUGCAACUGCGAAGGAAUUAAAUCCAAUUUUCUUGUUGUUGGGUUUUUUUUUUUCUUUUUUUCUUUUUCCCACCCCCUACCCCCAGGAUUUUUUUUUCCUUUUUUAUUUUCUUUUUGAGAGCGAGAGGGAAGGCAGAGCCGCGCUUCUCCCCCCCUCUUUUCAAGCGCUCGAUCUUUUUAUUUUUCUUUCCCUCGGGGUAGAGGUGCACGCGACGAAAAAAAAAAAAAAGUAAAGGACUAUGUUUGCUUCGUGGCUGACUUUCGCCGUGCUCUGGGGAACUUUCUGUGCAGGACCAGGCCAUGGGGAGGCUGAGACAAGGGAGUGCAUCUACUACAAUGCCAACUGGGAGCUGGAGAAGACCAACCAGAGCGGCGUGGAGCGCUGCGAGGGGGAGAAGGACAAGCGGCUCCACUGCUACGCCUCCUGGAGAAACAACUCGGGCUCCAUUGAGCUGGUGAAGAAGGGCUGCUGGCUGGAUGACUUCAACUGCUAUGACAGGCAGGAGUGUGUAGCCACAGAAGAAAACCCUCAGGUGUUUUUCUGCUGCUGCGAGGGCAACUAUUGCAAUGAGAAAUUUACCCACUUGCCUGAAGUCACCGGCCCAGAAGUCAUAUACGAGCCGCCGCCGCCAGCGCCCUCGCUGCUCAACAUCCUGGUGUACUCGCUGCUGCCCAUCGCCGUGCUGUCCGUGGCCAUCCUGCUGGCCUUCUGGAUGUACCGGCACCGCAAGCCUCCCUACGGCCACGUGGACAUCAUCGAGGACCCUGGCCCACCACCCCCUUCUCCCCUGGUUGGCCUAAAGCCCCUGCAGCUCUUGGAGAUCAAGGCAAGGGGACGCUUUGGCUGCGUGUGGAAGGCUCAGCUGAUGAACGACUACGUAGCAGUGAAAAUCUUCCCUAUUCAGGAUAAGCAAUCUUGGCAGAGUGAGAGGGAGAUUUUCAACACUCCUGGCAUGAAGCAUGAAAACCUUUUGCAAUUUAUCGCAGCAGAGAAAAGGGGGACAAACCUGGAGACAGAGCUCUGGCUGAUCACAGCUUUCCACGACAAGGGUUCUCUGACUGAUUACCUGAAGGGCAACAUUAUCAGCUGGAAUGAGCUCUGCCAUGUUGCAGAAACAAUGGCCCGUGGCUUGUCCUACCUUCAUGAAGAUGUCCCCUGGUGCAAAGGUGAAGGACACAAACCUGCCAUAGCACACAGGGACUUCAAGAGUAAAAACGUCUUGCUGAAGAAUGACUUGACAGCUGUGCUAGCUGAUUUUGGACUGGCUGUACGGUUUGAACCUGGAAAACCUCCAGGGGACACUCACGGACAGGUGGGAACAAGGAGGUACAUGGCUCCCGAGGUGUUGGAGGGAGCAAUCAACUUCCAACGAGACGCCUUCCUGAGGAUAGACAUGUAUGCAAUGGGACUGGUGUUGUGGGAGCUAGUCUCCAGAUGUAGAGCAGUUGAUGGUCCAGUGGAUGAAUACAUGCUGCCUUUUGAAGAAGAAAUAGGUCAGCACCCAUCCCUUGAGGACCUGCAAGAAGUGGUGGUUCACAAGAAGAUGCGCCCCGUGUUCAAGGAUCACUGGCUAAAACAUCCCGGCCUGGCGCAGCUCUGCGUGACCAUCGAAGAGUGCUGGGACCACGACGCGGAGGCGCGGCUCUCGGCGGGCUGCGUCGAGGAGCGCAUCGCGCAGAUCCGCAAAUCCGUCAACGGCACUACCUCGGACUGCCUCGUCUCCAUCGUGACGUCCGUCACCAACGUGGACUUGCCACCCAAAGAGUCUAGUAUCUGAGUCCUGGGUCCUGGUUCACUUUUGUCUUUCCAGACUCAGCGGAUUGAAAAAACAAACAAAGAAACAAAAAAAACAACAAGGAAAAAGAGUUGAAAAAAAAAAGUACAAAAAAAAAAUCACAAAAAUUCAACAAACCCAUGAAUGCAGCUGCUAUUUUAUCUUGACUUUUUAUUGUUAUUGUUAUUAUUAUUAUUAUUAUUUUUUUUGGAUUGGAUCAAUUUUACCAGCACAUUGCUCUACUGUAUUAAAAGAAAUGGACAUUUCAGCAAGCAUUCAGGUGCCGACUAAUGAAUGCAGAAAAGGUGCAGGUACCUCAGAACCUCAACAAACUCACUUCAGUUGUUUUUAUUUUAUUCAGUUUUCUGGGUUUCUCUUUAUCAGUCUGUCUUCUGAGCAGAGCAUCUGUGACAUAAAGCUUAUGUGACAUAAAGGAAAACCACCUACCACCUUCGAAAACGCAAUGCUGCAAACUGUGGAGGAAACUUAAGACUGUUAUGUAAAGAAUACACCUUCCUCUAAAGCAUUUUUCCCCAUUUUGGUUUUGGGUUCAGUUUCUUUUUUAUUUUUUUUUAAUUUUUUUGGAAGUGAGCUUCAGAAAAAAACAGCAGAUGUGUCUUUUACGGAUCUAACGGGUGUCAUUGUAACAUGGGAAAAAAAAAGUAACUGGGCAGAGAAUGUUAAUUCUUGAUGGUAUAAUUGAAGGGGGGAGCGUAGAAUAGGGGUGGGCAGAGUGACGUUGGACUUGGCAGCAUUUGGGGAAACAUCAUUUGCUAUGGAGCUACUUCUCAGGUAACCAUUAGAGGAGGGAAGGACAUUUCUGGGCAGAGUAUUUACGGCUGCAGCGUAUGGAGAAAGCAGAGUUAAAGAGGCCGUGGGUGGAAGACAAGCACUUGUUUCUUCCUCCAGAGUCUGGGUUUGGGCAGUAAAAGAACAAAGCAGGACUGUAACUUUUAUUUUUCAAUUCCAGGUAGUAGUAGGAAGGAUACUUUUAAAGCAAUGUCAUCAGGACAGGUGGGAAAGUGAUUUCAGAAGCACUUUAGUAAAAUACUGGAAGAUGAGAAAAUUUUUGCAUCUCGUUUUAAGUGUGAGUCAGAUGAGAAAAUUUGGCCUUGGGUUGAUCAUCUCUCAGCUAAUGGUGCAGAUGGUGGAAAGAGGAAAAGGGUGAAAAAUGGGUAUAUAUUUAUUUUUUCUUUCCUAAUUUGGGACUGGGGGAGUGAAUGGUGGCAUCUGGCUCCUGUAGCAUCUGAAAAGCCUGAGAGCUGCGUGGCUGCAGGGAGCUGAGGCAGCUCAGCAGUGAUGCCCACAGCACCUCUCCCACUGGUUUCUUUGGCGCUGCUUUCUCCUUACUCUGUGAUGAAACUCUUUUGUCUUAAAGUGGUGCAUAUUCAAAAAUACCGUUACUCUUAUUAUGCCAUAAACUCGCUCUAGUCAGUGAAUGUUCCUAAUGCUGCUGAUUCAACAUUGAAAUAUUUUUUUAAUUUGCAAAACAUGCAAUGUUUAAAAAAAUAAAAAACUUAAAAAAAAAAACAAAAACAACCAAACACAAAACAUACACACACACGUUACGUGGCUUCCGAGGUUUAAACUGAAAAAAAAAAAUUAAAAACUUCAUGACCACAGACCACCUCAAACCAGAAAUACCUCAAAAUUUUCUACUUGUAUGAGUUUUAUUAUAUAUUUUGUUAGUUGUGUUGUCUUGUAGUAAGUAUAUUUUAAUGUAAGUUGGCUUUUAUGACAAGGGAGUUUUAAAAAAAGAAAAAAAUGAAAAAAAGUUCCAAAAUCUUUUAGGAAGUGCUACCAUUUUUUUGUUGUUUUGUUUAAUAAAGCACCAUUGUAAAUAACUGUAUACAGUUGUAGAAUAACUGCCUAUAUAAGGUACCUGGGCAUUAUUCACUCUUAUUUGUGAAGGCUGUUUCCAUUCUGUGGUUUUGUUUUUUUUUUUUUUUUUUUGUCUGUUUUAGUGAAAGGACAGUACUUCUUUUUCUUUUUCUUUUUCUUUUUCUUUUUCUUUUUCUUUUUCUUUUUCUUUUUCUUUUUCUUUUUCUUUUUCUUUUUCUUUUUCUUUUUCUUUUUCUUUUUCUUUUUCUUUUUCUUUUUCUUUUUCUUUUUCUUUUUCUUUUUCUUUUUCUUUUUCUUUUUCUUUUUCUUUUUCUUUUUCUUUUUCUUUGAAUAUAACAUGAAUUCUGUAUCUUGCUAGACUGACAAAGUUAUGUCCAUUGGAUGGCCAGAUCUUCUAAAUUUUUCUUUCUGUUAAGCCAAAAUGUAGUCCUAAACUAAUCACCCUGUAAUGGAAAUGUAAAAAGUCUGUAUUAUAUACAAAUGAAUUGGACUUCUCUUCACUGCCAAAUUAUUAGUGUGCACUCUUGCACAGAUGUAAUUUAUUAAGCAAACAAAACUAAUUGGAGAAAAUAUUAAAAAAAAAAUUAAAUAUAUUUCUUGAAAAGUAUAGCUUUAAAACCUAGAGGUCACAAAUGAGGACAUGGUCCUUUAUCUUGAAGAGACAUUAAGAGAAUUGCCUUAAUUUGUCUAUCUGAAUAAAGUCUUAACCUAUUCUUUCAAGUUACUGAAUGUAUAUUGCAUAUUAGUGUGUACACACAUGUAACUGUGUUUCCGUGUGUAGGUUUGAGAGUUUCUGUUUCUUGAUGUGCUUCUGUUGAGAAAACCUUGACAAAACCAGACAGAACGAUACCAUUGUGACCCAGCCGAUGUCUCUGGCGGCCUUUGGGCCUGAUGCUGCAACGUACCUAUGCUUAGCAUUGAGGGUGUAGGUAGCUCUUCUGGUGUCAUGACAUUAGGCACUCACUUAAUGUUAAGUGUGGUUGUAAAUGUUGGCAGGAUCAGUAUUUUUCAUGUUUUAAUACAUUUCUGCACUGAGAUUUAUAUGAAAAUGUGACUAUGUUUUAGAAGUGAAGUGAUGUAAGGGUUGGGGUGGAGCGUAGAGCAGUUAAGAUUGAGUGAAUAUUUGUUUUGGGGUGGGCUCGCUCCCUUUUCCCUGGGAAUGGGAGCCAGUUCCUAUUGCUGCAGAAAGAAAAAAGCUGUACUGUCUUUUAACUGUUAAUAUCUGUUUGCUCUUCUGGAUUUUUUCCUUCAGCAUUAUGUAUUAUAGCUAAAACAGGCUCAUUACAGCAGUUGCUUUUUUAUCCUGAUUUCUUUAAGAAGCUUUAAAGUAUUUAUUGAAAGUGCCAUAUUAUUUUAAUAGCCUAUUAAACAGUGUCUGAAAUCUUCUCUUUUGAGAAAGCAUAAACACAAAUUCUCACAUGUAGCUUAUCUUACUGCGGGGAACUGCACGACCGUACAAACCUUGACCGAAUGUUGAUUGUAAAGUGUUACAUCUUCCUGGAGUAAUGGUUCCUUAUAGAUCAUCUUGUCAGCAGGAUUCAGAAACUGAUUUGAAAAAGAAUUUCCAAAUUGGGUGUGUGCUGGGUAACAAGUUUUAUCUGUAUGUAGGUACGUGUGUCUUGCUAUUGCAGCAUGGAAGGAAAUCUUGAACUCUUAAUUUGUACCAAUUUGGAUAAAGCUGUUUUUUAAAUUGGUAUUUAUUUAUUUUAUUAACAAAGACAAGCUCUGAUUAACUUGUUGGUCUUUCAACAGUUGAGCUGUCAAGUAAGUAGUUUCCUCACCUCCAUCUGAACUCUCAUUGACAGUAUGAUUUUGGUUCUGUUAGGUACUGCAGAGGGUUUUUCCAAGUCAGGAAUUGGGCACAUCCACAGGUGUAGCUGUCAUGAGCAACUGCAGCUCUUUUCCUUUUUAAUACUCCUUUGAAUAUGACAGUGACAAUGCCUCUUAUGCUACUUCCCAAGCACUAAAUUUCACUUCCUAUUCAGACUCAGAGAAAGCAGCUCUUUAAAAAGUUGGCUGCAGAAUUUUAUUGGUCGCCUUUCUCUCUCAUGUAAAGAAGUUCUCAGAUGUCUAUUAACACUGAAUAUCCUGAGUAAAAAUUCUGCUUGACUUUAGGAGCCAGGAUUCCCCAUCUCUCUGGUGGAACUCCCUUUUAUUCAUUGCACUGGUUUCCUAGGUGCAGAAAAUCUGAGUUCACAUUUUUAAACUGGAAAUACCACAGGAACUAAAAUUGGGGUGUUUUUUUGAGAUGGUAGAGCUGUGAGUCACUGAUGAAAUUGCAUUAGUACAGCAAGGCUGGAAAUUUUGUAUGGCUUAUAUUGAAAUGUACAUGCAUAUUAUAAGAGAUGGCUAUAAACAAGCCUAACCAUCAGUUAAGUAGUACCAGGCCUGUUCAUUGUGAUUAAGGAUUUUAGCUGGUCCUGAUCAUUAAGAAAUCUCUAUUUAAGACAGAAGUGACCCACUUUUUAUUCUGCCUCGUUCUUCAGCUGAAAUUCUCUUACAGAAUAUCUUUAUGCAUUAGACAGUUACACCUAUGGAAGUGCCGAGGUCUUUGUUUUGAAGAGAAGGUCUGUGAGUGCCCCCCAGUAACUCCCCUGCAUUUUCCUUGGGUCUCCUGACUCCCUGCUGCUCUCACUUAAUGGUUUCAGUGGAAGCAGAUAUUUCCAGGCUGGCUGGGUCAGGUCUGUCCAUUAGGAAUCCUGACGCCCCUUAACAUCGGAACAGGGGAACACACGUUUUAUUCCUCUUGUACGAAUUUCUAGGCAGACUGUCAGAGCUUGCCCUGUUUUGCAGGGAAAAAGUCUGGUUUCACUUAGCAUGGUAGGAACUUGUACUGCAGAGGAAGGUACUGGGUAAAAAGGUGUGACAGUGCUGUUGUUGCAGUCCUCUUCAAGCCACACUCCUCUUGGGAAGUUGCUAAGCAGGAAGUGUCCCACAAACUUUUGUCGCUUUUACAUACAGGAUAUUGUUUGGUAACAUUGUAAAUAAAAUAGACUAUAUAAUAGAGGUAAAUAAGGACAUUUUGACUUUUUUACUUUUGGAAAAAUAUAUAUAUAUUUUAGUUACAUGUACAAACAAAAAUUCUACAUUGUGUGAGAAUUCUUUUAUACCACAAAUUAUUUUUGUAAUGUCUAAUAUGUUUCUGCAGGGAAAAGGGAGAAAGGUCUGUGUAUGCACAGCAAAUAAAUAAAGAAAUAUAUAUAUAAUGUUUAAAUUAAGUGUGCACUACAUCAAAGUCUAGACGGUAGAACAAGUGUAGCCUGAAAACAGUUUGAGGAGCAAGUUUGGAUGUACUUGGACAUGCUUUGAGGACGGCACUGAGUAUAUGUUUAGGUUAUCUUGCAUGUCACGUCCCUUCUGCUAAAGAUGCUUAUUGCGUUUCUAUGGCCAUCUUCAGUUAAGCUGGGAGGAGUUUUUUCACGUGUUCAUGCGAGUAUCCAUGUGUGGGCAGUGUGUCUUUUGGCAUCUGCUGUGGUGCUGCAGUGAGUUGUGAAGUCAGGGUGUUAAAAGUUUACCGAGGCCAAAUAGCCAGGCUGAUCUCGCUCGCUGCCGUAUCUGUUCAUAGCAGCUGUGUCUGCUGCACUGACAAUAUGAUCUGUAAGGAGCUGUGGCCAGUGGAGUCCUGAUAAAACCAGUUCCUAGAUAUUUCCUUCUCUCUGAGGUGACACAACUAAUCAGGCUUCACCAGAACACACAGAUAUGUGCUCUGUGUUCCCAAAAUCAGAUUUAAUAGUCUGUGUUGGAGGCACUAAAGAAAAGGAGCACUGUCAUGUCCAAAGUCCUGCUAAGAGAAAGAGCUUCCCAAAACUGUGUAACAAUCCAAGGUAUUCUAAAAGUAUUAAAGAAAAAAAAAAUGAGGGGGAGGUUAACCUAAUUUUCCACUGGACUUAAAAUUCACUCCAAUCUUUUUAGUCCUCUUAACCACAAUAGCACAGUGUCAGUGUGUGAGAGGUACUGAAAAAAGCUUUAAACCAAACAACACAUGGCACUGCCUUGGAGCUGGUUUCACAGUGUGCCUUUUGCAAUUAGUGCUCACUAAUUCAAGCAGGCUCCUGCAAUUACCGAGUCCCUCAGCUGUGUUCUGGUGAAGUCCUGGCCCUGUGGAAACCAGGGAGGGCAUUUCCAUCCAAUCCUGUGUGACCAUGAGUGUGUGUGUGUGUUCCUGGAACACUUUCUGAGCACACCUGGUCCCUUACUUACACAGGAAUUCCUAUUUCCUGACUCAUUUUAGGGUGAUGCUCAGUUCCCUGACUGAAGUAGAAGCCUAUGGAAUAAGCAGCAGUGCUUUUUUUGUCAGGACACUUCCACAGAAAGAGAUCAUACUUGUGUUAUGUCCAUCCAGCUGUUCUGAAAUGUAAUGCUAUUCUGUUGUGCCUUUAUUUUUCCAUGUAAAAGCAACUGCUGUAAGCUUUCUUUUUCUUUUACUGGUUUUAUUAUUGCUAUUAUUUCUGACUGAAAAAACCCCCCACUUUUCAUUGCCCAGCUGUCAUUUCUGGAUGCAGUCUGUGAUCCAGGUAUUUCAAGAACCAAUUACCUCAAACCUCAUGUUAAACAGUGUUGCUAUCUGGAUUCUCCUUGAUACUACAAUAUUGUACCACACACAAACAGGAAUCUUGCUCUAUAUGGGUGUUUAUAUAUAUGUAUCAUAUACAUAUAUACAUGUAUCUAUAUGAUAUAUGAUAUAUAUAUGUAAAUGGAAAGUGAUCCCCAAGGACUGAAGGAAAAAAGCAAAACUUAUUUUCCAACAUUGAAACCAAAAGGGCUUUUCUGAAGCUCUAUAAUGGCAUUAUGCUGGAUAUCUAGAAAGAAAAAGUGUUUUCUGAAAAGUGCUUCCUUAAUUAGCCUUUUAUUUCAGUAUUUUAAUGGGGCAGAUGAUGGGAAUGAAACACCACUCCUGCAUUUUUGGCCCAUUUUGAAGCAGAAGCCUCUUAAUCUUCCCAGUUGUUAAAAAAAAAAAAACAAACAAAAACACAGUUUAUAACAUUCCAAUAAUAUUGGUAUUGCAAAACUCAAACAUGUUCUAGGAAAAUUUCAUAGCUUCUGUUUUUGUGACAAGGAAGGCCAUAAUUCAUUCAAUUUUCCAGUGUUUUGAGUUACUGAAGUUUAACCAGUAACCAUCCUAGUCAAUUAAAAUCCUAAUUCAGUAGUCACUGGCAUCUCUGCAUUGCCACCUCUGUUAAAACACCAAAAUAAACUCCAGAAAACAAUCGAAACAAAAAAUCCAGCCAUGACAGAGGAGGAGGAGAUUGGAACAUCUCAUAGCUUUGGAAAGUGGACUUGGCAACUUUGCAAAUAACAAAAAUAUGUUGGCAAGAUCAAGAACCUGUCUGGCCCUUUAGUUUUCCAAACACCUACUCCCAAGAACCAACUCAUAAAAUCAGACCUUCAACUACAGCAACUUCUUAAUGGUACUUUGCUGAAGAGAAUUAUGUUCAGGCCAUAUUUUGGAGGAAAAAUUAAAAGUUGGACCAUUUUUUAAAUUACUUUUUUUUUUAUGUGUUCCCCUCCCAAAUGUCUGUUUUUUUUAAAAAAUGUAUGCAUGUAGUUGAUACAUUAGUAUUUUACUUGGACAACAUAGUAGCUUUCCUGUCCAAACACUAAUUAAUUUACUAUUAUUAGUAAUUCAUUUAAUUACUGUUAAUGAAUGGAUAGUAAUUAAUUUAGUGUUACUAAAACAAGAGAACAAGGUAUUUCCCUUUCCCCAUUUUUUUCUUGACUGUCUAAUGUUUCUACGGCUAUUGAUGGUUGAGGAUUAUUAUCUUUGGUAAAUCAAAGUACUAAAAUCUCCCAGGAGGAGGUAUUUUGCAAUGCUGCUGGCCUUCCAAUGGAAUAACUAUGAUGCAAAAAUCAAUCUCAUAGUGGGUGAGGAUUAAAGGAGAUGGUUACUGCAAACUAAGUAACAUUUUUGGCCUCAAUUCUAUGCCAUAAGCCCGCACAAUGCCAUUGUAAAUCUGUUUAAACUAUCUGCUUAUGAAUUCUGCAUGAUUCUCAUGAUAGAGUUGAAAGCCUGAUCUUUCACCUGUUAAUAUUUUCACAUUCGUCCUUAAGUUUGACAAAUUUUGUACUGUAAAGUUGACUUAAGUACAGUUUGAUGUCAAUUCUUGUGGAAAGAGCUUUCUGCAUGUAACAUUAGAUGCAUACAGUUAAACAACACAGCAUAGUACAAAAACUCACAAGAAAAUGUUUUGGCACCAGCAGGAAGAAAUCUCACCCUAACCAUUUGUCAUUUUAAAACCAUCCUAUUGUAAGUUUUACCAGCUACUUCUAAAUUUGUGCUUUAUUUAAAGAAAUAAAAUAAAAAUCCUAAGACUUGUCUAGCGUAGUGAAAUAUGUGUAUAUCAGUUUUAGGAUAAAUAGCUAAGUCUUAUUACGCUGUGUUACUUAACUUGUAUAUAUAGAGUAUACAUAAGAGUUUGCAGUAACCUGUUUCUCCAGGAUUUCCAGUUGGAAUGGAUUUAAACUCAAACUAUGAGAUUAAAUGAUUUAGAAGAUUGCAGAAUAAACUGAGUGUAAAUUACAGGAAGCUCUAUCAGAUGGUGAAAUAAUUUUUAAAGAGUCUUUUGGUCCUUGGCUCAAAUUCACUAAGUACUGUUUGUAUACCAAGAUAUGUGAAAUGUAAAUGUUGUAGGUUAUAUUUCACUCUUGUAGCUAUAAAAAUGUAGAACAGAGAUAGCUUGUACUACUGAGUUAACAAAAGUUAUACUAAAGUAUCCUGUUAAAGAAAAAAGUAUAGAGAGUUAAGCUCGUUGCUGUAACCCCUUUUGGAUUGAAGUGUGCUGAUUUUUUAUAUAUGUACAUUUUAUAUAUAUAUAUUCUGCAGAAGUAUACAUAUAUAAAAUGUAUGUAUUAAAUGGCCUAAUGCAGACAUCCAUUGUAUUCCAGUUAUGAAAUGAAGACAUUUUGGAAAGAACAUUGUAUCAUAGUUCAUGAAUUUGCAGUGGAUCUUUGUUCCUUUUUACUGUGGUAUUUUAGAAAUGAGUCUCAAGUUUGAAAUUAGAUCUGCCAAGUUGGAGUUUUGCUGCUUCAGCUUUGCACUGGGUGUCCGAAUAAACCAGUAUGAAUGUAGUAUUUGCCCUGUGUGAAGCAGCUACACCCCAACAGAUAGGAAGAAAAAAACCUAGAAAGAA